AUGAGGAAGGAGAUGGACGAAUUGAAGAGCGCCAUUAAGGAGAAGACGGACCGAAGCGUAGACAGAAUGGUAAAGGCUACGGACUCGCCUUUCACCGCGGUGGUACUUGAAUGCCCUGUACCAUCAAAGUUUUGCUUACCUCAACUUGAGCCGUUCGACGGACUCAGAGACCCUCAGGAUCAUCUUAACACCUUUAAGAUGACUCUAGGUCUUCAACAACCACUUGAUGAGAUAAUGUGUCGUUCCUUUCCUACCACUCUCAAAGGAGCGGCAAGAGAAUGGUUCACGAAGUUGCCAACCUCGUCCGUAGACAACUUAGAGCAAUUAAGUAACGCCUUCUUGCGCCAUUUCAUAAGGGGGCAACGACCAAAGAGGCCGGCAGACUACUUACUCACCAUUAGACAUGGAGAAAAGGAAACCCUGAGGUCAUAUGUCAAACGCUUCACCCGGGAGACUCUGGAGGUGGACGAAGUCGAUGACAAGGUACAACUGAUGACCUUCAAAGCAGGACUGAGGUCCAGAGAUCUCGUGGCCUCCCUCGCAAAGAAUCCGCCAAAGACGAUGGCAGAAAUACUCCUGAAAGCACAGAAGUACAUGAACGCUGAAGACGCUUUAGCGGCCAUAAAGGAUGCAAAGAAGCCAGGAGACAAGGCAAAGAAAGAAGACGACCGUAGGGGGCAAAAGAGAGAGCGACCGGACCGUCGGAACAAUGACGGGAAUAGGAGGAAGGAUGAUAAAAGUCCUCGAAUGGUAAGAUUUACUCCUUUGGUUAUGCCAGUUGACAAAAUUUUCACGCAGAUCAAGGAUGAGCAUUACCUCAAAUGGCCAAGACCAUUGCACUCAUCCCCCAAUGUCCGCGAUAAGAACAAGUACUGCCAGUUCCACAAAGAUCACAGCCACAACACGGAAGAUUGCAGAGACCUAAAGGAGUUGAUACGUAAAGGGAAGUUAUAG